AUGCGGUUAACUAAUAAAAAUGAUGGUCAUAAAACUGUUCCUCAAAAAGAAAAAGGAUGGAAUAAUCUGUAUGAAACAGUUGUAAAUAUUUCAUCUAAGUCUUCUAUAAAAUAUGAUGAAUAUACUUUGUUAAAUAAAGAUCUUAACAAAUUACAGACAUGUAAUCGUUUUAGUUUUACUUUAACGUCCACGGGAUCAGUAACAAAAGAACAGCUCGAAGUCUCCAGGAAAUUAAUAAGACUGUGUAAUUUGAGAGAUACGUAUAUAAAAAAGUUUCAAGAUAUCGAUACUUCUCUUGUAGAAAGUAAAUCAUUAAAUGAAAAUUACAAAAGCAAAAAUAUAGAUGACUAUGAAUCUUCAGAACCUAUAUAUAAUCCUUAUAAUGUCAAAAUAUUAAAGAAAUGUAAUGCCUUCAUCAAUUUUGUCGACGGGAUAUUUUUUGUUCACUGGGAUCCUCAUACGGAUCAAGGACCUUCAUGCAGGGAUAUGUGCGUGGAAUCAAAUAAGCUAGCUAACCAUCGUAACAUAAAAUUAGCAGAAGAUUAUUUAUCU